AUGAAUCCAAUAACAUCUUUGGUAUAUUAUGAUGGUCAUUGGAAUGAAAAUAAUGUGUAUGAGGAUUUCAAAAUGCUGGGAGUGUUAAUACCAUUAGAUUGCUCAUUUACAACACUAAUGAAUAUCUUGUCUACAGAGUUGUCUACCAUUCUGUCAACAGAAAAUGCAACAAUUGAGUACCAGAUUGCAGAAACAUUGCCUCCAUUGAAGAUCAAAAGUGAUAGCUCUAUACAAUUCUACUUGGAGUGCAAAAGAAAUGACAAAACACUCACAAAAUACCCUUUGAUAGUUUCUGUAACAGAGAACAACCAAACAAUUACCUGUGGAGCACUUCAAAAGAUGAGUUCUACUGUUGCUUCAAGUAGUAAUAAUAUAGAGAAUGAUAUUUCGGACACAUCGACAUUCUCUAUAGAUGAACCUCAAGGACUACCAAAUUUUAUUCAGUUGGCAGAUCAAAUUACAGAUUUGAUUUUGGAGAAGGAACGACAUGAAUCAAUUCCUGAACAUAUCGGAACAGAAACUACAAUUAUAACUCAUGCAAUUUCUGAUGGAAUAAGAGAAAAACAGGUAUACAAAAACAAAGAGGUUCUUACAACAACAAUUGGUCUCUAUGCCAUAAAAAACAAUUUUCAGUUCAAGGUCCACAAAUCUUGCAAAAAAGAAUAUCAGUUGAAGUGCCUUGAUUCAGAAUGUACGUGGUCAUUUCGUGCUGCAAGAUAUGGAAAGACAGAUAUGUUCCAACUUAGGAAGUUCAAUCGUGCCCACACAUGUUCCUUGGACAUUAUUCUUGGAGAUCACCGACAGGCUUCAAGUAGUAUGGUUGGGAAUGUUGUGAAGACCAAGUUCACAGAUCCAAAAACAAAUUAUAGACCUAAAGAUAUAGCUAAAGACAUGUUGGACAGAUAUGGAGUUUCCAUGAGUUACCAAAAAGCAUGGCGAUCUAAGGAAAAAGCAGUUAAUUAUGUACAUGGUUCAAGUCAAGAUUCCUACCGAGACAUUCCACGAUAUCUGCACAUUUUGAAGCACAAAAAUCUAGGUACUGUAACAGAUUUGCAAAUUGAUAGUCUAAACAGAUUUAAAUAUCUUUAUAUGGCUAUGGGACAAUCAAUUCUAGGUUGGAAACAUUGCAUUCCAGUAAUUGUUGUUGAUGGAACAUUCCUAAAAGCUGCAUUUGGCGGUACACUUCUCACAGCUUCAACACAAGAUGCAAAUAGACACAUCUUCCCAUUGGCUUUUGCUAUAACAGAUUCGGAAAACAAUGAUUCAUGGGAGUGGUUCUUCAGAAAAAUAAAAGAAUGUUAUGGAGAAAGAGAAGAGUUGUGUAUAGUUUCAGAUAGACACGAAAGCAUAGAGAAUGCUAUAAAAAAUGUCUUUCCAAAUGUAACUCAUGGAGUGUGCUCCUACCAUCUUUUCUGCAACAUAAAGACCAAGUUUAAAACAGACGCAGAGGCAACCAGUAUUGCAUUUCAUGCUGCUGCAAAAGCUUAUAACAUGGAAGAUUUUGAAAAAUACAUGAAGGACUUGGACAGUUUACAUGAAGGAAUCCGUCCUUUUCUGGCCAAUGAGGUUAAAUAUGAAAAGUGGGCAAGAAUCCACUCCAAAAGUCGUAGAUAUGCAGCUAUGACUUCAAACAUAGCUGAAUCCAUUAAUGCAGCACUAAAAGAAAUGAGAGAGCUUCCAGUAACAACAUUACUCGAGUGCCUUAGAAACCUGAUUCAAAAAUGGAGCUACAACAACAAAAAAGAAGCAGAAGCAACAUUUACAGAAUUGCCAAAGAAACAAGAGGAAUACUUAAGAAAGAACUUUGUCAAGUCAUUAAGAAUGACUAAAUCUUGCUCUUGUAACAAGUUUGAUUUGGAUGAAUUACCUUGUGAACAUGCCAUGGCAGUCAUUAGAAAGAUGAACCUUCAGUAUAAAAAAUAUUGCUCAUAUUAUUUCACAAAACAAGCCAUGUUGAACACCUAUAAUGCAUCAAUACAUCCAUUGGGAGAUCCAAAAACAUGGAGAGUUCCGCCUGAUGUUGAGGAAAUAGAAGUACUACCUCCAAAGGGAAACAGAAAAAGUGGAAGGCCAAGGAAAAAAAGGUUUGUCUCAGCAAGAGAAGGGUCUUAUCAGCUUAAAUGUGGAAGUACGGUGAUUGGAACAUUACUUAUCACUAUUACUUGUGAUAAAGAAUUAUGA